UGCCUAGGGAUAUCCAACAAAAGAUGGUACAAUCUCCCAGUACAUGUACCUAGCUUCAUACAUGUCUGUCGGUUGCCUAGGGAUAUCCAACAAAAGAUGGUACAAUCUCCCAGUACAUGUACCUAGCUUCAUACAUGUCUGUCGGUUUGCCUAGGGAUAUCCAACAAAGGAUGGUACAAUCUCCCAGUACAUGUACCUAGCUUCAUACAUGUCUGUCGGUUGCCUAGGGAUAUCCAACAAAAGAUGGUACAAUCUCCCAGUACAUGUACCUAGCUUCAUACAUGUCUGUCGGUUGCCUAGGGAUAUCCAACAAAGGAUGGUACAAUCCCCCAGUAAGCUUCAUACAAUACAGUUACAAGUCAAUGAUUGUAUGAUGCAUUUCAAUAUAUGUGUGGGUCCCACGGGCAUGGUCUGUUGUACAGGUUCAAGAAGGAGGAGGAGAGGGUGGCGUACAUCACGGCCAUGGCCACCUUCCUCCCCCUCCUCUACUCCAGGAUGACCCAGAUCAUCGCAGACCACUCUCUUCUCUCCGUCACCCUCCAGCACCAGAUCCUCAAGAUCUUCCACGCCACCAUGCAGGAGGCGAUGGAGGGAGAGGAGGAAGACAGGGCUAAUUUGGAGUGGUGGAAGUGCAAGAAGUGGGCCCUCCACAUCCUCUGUCGAUUCUUUGAUCGCUAUAGCAACCCCAGCAGUAUCGAGGAGGAAUACAACCUGUUCUCCAAAUACUACCUCCAGACCUUCAAC